UGCAGCACUUCCCACUGACACACAGGAUUCUUCACAAUCUCAGACUGCUUGCUGCAGGUGGUUCUCAUCAGCUGAAAACAUGUCAUCUAUCAAACGCCUGGUGUAUGCAGUCAUCCAGUUCUUAAGAGAGCAAAGUCAGCGAGAUGAUUACACGUCAGACGAGCAGGAAAGUUUAGAAGUUGCAGUGCAGUGCUUGGAGACUGUUUUUAAGAUUGGUCCAGAAGACGCACAUCUUGCCACUUCGAAGUCCUUGGAAGAGGUUUUCUCACAAGCCCACCCUAUGAGUAAUGAGUUGUCACCAGUGGAAUCUCCUUCCAUAUCACCAGCUGACACAGAAAAAGCUGAGAAGCUGAAAGAUGAAGGCAAUAUUUUCAUGAAAGAACUAAAUUAUGAAGCUGCUCUGGAUUGUUAUACACAGGCCAUAGAACUGGAUCCAAACAAUGCAGUUUAUUAUUGUAACAGGGCAGCUGCCUAUAGUCAACUAGGCAACCACAGCACUGCAAUAAAAGAUUGUGAAAAAGCAAUAUCCAUUGAUGGAACGUACAGCAAAGCAUACGGAAGAAUGGGGAGAGCUUUUGCUGGUAUGAAUAAGUACAAAGAAGCAAUCAGCAGCUAUCAGAAAGCCUUGGAUUUAGACCAUGAAAAUGAAUCGUAUAAAUCAUAUUUAAAAAUAGCAGAACAAAAACUUAAACAAGUCCCCAGCCCGACAAGCGCAGGAUGGGGUUUUGAUAUGGCCAGCCUAAUGAACAACCCAGCUUUCGUGAGCAUGGCAGCAAGCUUAAUGCAAGAUCCACAAAUACAGCACAUGAUGUCAGGAAUGAUGUCCAAUGCCGCAGGUGGUCCAGCAGCUGGGGUUGGGGGAUUAACUGAUCUUUCAAGUCUCAUACAAGCAGGACAGCAAUUUGCUCAACAGAUACAGCAACAAAAUCCUGAGCUAAUCCAGCAACUGCGGAAUCAUGUGAGAAGUCGGUCAUUUAGUGGUAGUGCUGAGGAGCAUUCAUGACACAAACAGAUGAAAGGUCAGCGCUUUUGAUUACUAACUAAUUGCUGCUCACGUAAUUGGAAGAGGGUGCCACGCUUGCCAUUCUUCCAGACUGCAUUCCUUGAAAAUGCUUCAUUAUCACCCACAUCCUGAUAGCCGAGCACCGGGAGUGUAAUACAGGACGACAUCUCUGUAAAAGGACAGGAAUAAACACAUCUUACAUCCUUACCUUUUGUUUAUCAAUUAUUUGAGAUGAAGUAGACCUAUGUGAUAUGUUGAGGAGUUCAGAUACAUUUAAAUGUUAGACGUAUCUAUAUACAGUACUUGGUUCUGAAUUCCG